AUGCAGUUCAAGAUCCUCGUCGUCGUCGCCGCAGCCGCCACCGGCGCCCUGGCCAUCGGAGACCUCUCUGGCUCCUUCCCCCAGAACCUACGACGCGGGGCCGACGCCCUCGAGGCCCGCGACGAGGCGUCCUGCAUCGCCGCCGUCUCCGAGCACGCCAGCUUCACCACCGACUUCCCCCCCAUCCCCGAUGCCCUCGCCACCGGCACUGGCGCCAACAUCCCCCAGAUCACCGACCCGUGCAAGUUCCCCUCCGUCACUGGCUCCGUCGGCGAGGUCCUCACCUCCUAUUCCUCGGCUCUGCAGUCCUGGGAAGACGCCCACAUCACCGAGAUCCGCGCCCUCUGGGGCGCCUGCAGUGACGUCCCCGAAAUCUCCGCCCUCAUCGCUCAGUUCGGCGCCUCCAUUUGCUCCACAGCGCUCAGUCCCAUCACCAGCCAGGCCGCCGACGCGGCUACCGCCACAGCUACGGCCACCACCGCCGGCGCCGGUGAGACCUCGGCCGUGUCCUCGACAGCGGUCCCUGCUGCCGCCGCGCCUCGCGAGACCGGCAUGCUCAUUGCUGCUGCCGCUGCUGCCGCCGGCUUCUUCAUGCCCUGCUUCCUCAUGAGUUCCGCCACACGAAUACCCAUCGUCUACACUUAA